AUAGUAUUUUUAUUCAUACACAGAUUUGAAAAUAUAGUAUUUUUAUUCAUACUAAAUCACAGAUGAUUUUUUUUAGGAACUUUCACAGAAUAAAACUAUCGUCCUUGGACACAUCCCUAAAGCGCUCAUUGUUUACAUGAACUUGAGCUCACGACUCACGCGUGAGAAUAAAUGGUCACUAGAAAGAGAAAUGAAAAGCGCGCAAAAAUACAACGACGAUCACAAAGCGGAAGGAACGUAAGAAAGAAAGAAGACGGUGAAAAUUAUAUUUUUUCUUCUCCACAUGCAACAUCAUCUUAAAAAAGAAACUCGACUUAAAAAGAAAAACAAAUUAAAUUUUAUGAAAAUUAUCUUAAGAAAGGCGUAAAUAGAGAAGCUGGACAAGCAGACAAGAUAAUGGCAAGCAAACGAAUGAUAUUUGACGAUGAGGAGGACUUUGAUAUUCUCGACGAGAUCAAUGAUGACAUAAAUCAAGAAAAGUUACCACAUGUUGCCAAGCGGUACAAGGCAACAAAUGGAUUUGGCGCGCAAACGCCCUUGCAGCGUAUGCUUAAGCGCCAAAUUGUCAAUGGAAGCGAAUUAUCGCCCAUUACGGAAUUGGCACAAACUAUGCGUGUGGCCAAAUUGGAUACGAGUAUAAGUGGUACACCAAAAUCCUCCACAUUACGUAGCUUUCAUAGUCUGUCCAGCUAUGAUUCCGGCAACUCUCUGGAUGAUGAAUAUAUGACAAUGUUCGAUGUAGAAAAUCAAGAAAAUGAUGUCCUAUUGCCCCUGCCAGAUAAUUUAGAUCGUCUUAUAAGUGGACAAUUGAAAAUGGAACAGAAUUCAGAGAAAUCCAGCAAUACGAGUCAUCAUCAUGUGUGUCCCAUUCAAAAUCGUCGUUCGGCGCGUCGUUGCUUAAGUCUUCUCCAGGAUAAGGGUGAAAAUGUUGAAGAAGAAGGGAACUUACCGCAUGGCAAACCGGUUCUUAGACGUAUUGCUUCUAUGAAUGAUGCCGAUAUACUUACUGCUCUGGACGAUGAGCAACCUCAACUUAUUGGUGAUCUAAGCAAACCGUGUGCUUUGCCUCUUCAACAGAAAGCUGUGAGACAUCAAGAUUUAAAGACCAUAUCGUGUGAUACUUUGGCCCGACUUAUCAAUGGUGAACUCGAUGAGGAAUUGGGUAAAUGCAUCUAUAAGAUAAUUGAUUGUCGUUAUCCCUAUGAGUAUAAAGGCGGACAUAUACGUGGCGCCCUGAAUCUGUAUACCAAGGCUCAAAUAAAGAAAGCAUUUCCAUCGACCACACUAGAAUUACAGGAUAUAGAACCAAAACGUCAGAUCUAUAUAUUUCAUUGUGAAUUCUCAUCGGAACGUGGACCGAAACUUUUGCGUUUUCUUCGUUCGAAUGAUCGUAAUUUUCAUAGUAAUGAUUAUCCAGCUCUUGACUAUCCAGAACUAUAUCUUUUACACAAUGGCUACAAGGAGUUCUUUAGUCUUUAUGGCCAUUUGUGUGAACCAUGCAGCUAUGUGCCCAUGUUGGCACCAGCUCAUACUGAGGAAUUUCGUCAUUUUCGCGCCAAAACCAAAUCGUGGCAAUGUGGAGACAAUGGUGAGGAUAUAGGUGGUGCCGAUAGUGGCAUUGGUGGUUCUUCGAGUACCCUACGUAAAUCGCGAUCACGUCUCCUCUAUGCCGAGUGAAAGUCAGUACCAAGAAAACCUUAAAAACAACCAAAUCAAAAAAAAAACACACUUUAAUAACAGGGCGAAAAUUUUUGGUUAGUUUUUUGUGUUCUUUUUAAUUGCGUUUGUCCGCCAAUUUCUUGUGAAAAGUUAAUAGUUUUGAUUACUUGUGUUCCCCUUUCUCUAGUCAGUGAAACAAAAUCAGAAAAAAAAUUGAAUUUUAAGUUUAUUUUGUAAUAAUGUUUUCUCUUUUUGUGUUUGGCAUUUAAUUUAACUAAAUAGCAAAGUAAUCCUAAACGUCUGAUUAAUUAUAAAAUUUAAAAUUGUUUAAGCAUUUUUUUUUAAUAGUUUCGUUAAAUAAGAAAAACACACACACAAACACCAAACGAAAUUCUAUUAUUAAAUCAUAUAAUUAAAUUAAAUAUAUGUGAAAAAUGUUAUCCAUAACUUUUUUUUAAGAAUAUGUAUAUGUAUUAGAAAUGAACAAAAAUUAAGUGUAAUUAGAUUAAAUUAUACAAUGAAUUUUUUGGUCACAAA